GGAGGCCACGUGCCGUGUCACCAGUUCCAUGCUCCCGGGUCAGAGUGGGCCCCAGACGGGUUUCCGCGAUCCGUCUUCCGCACAUUUCCGCCUUCCGCACUUCCGCAGCUCCACCAUACAAACGGACGAUGACGCCGAUUAGGGGUCCCAAAAACAGCAAUUACAGGGUUGAAAAUUACAGAGAAUCCAAGCUGACCAACUCCAGGACCUGUUUUGCAGAAUCUUGGUUGGGGUAACCACAUGCUGCAAUCGGGCAAAGCCCAUCACAAAACGUUCAUCUCAAUGCAUCAAUCCGACCCUUGUUUGCACACCUGCACGGACUCUUGUCUAUUGAAUAUUGAACUGUGCCUUACUCCUUACCACCGACUCGACUCGACUGGAUUCCCGGCCCGUGUUGUAUUCGUCAAACAAAAGAUCUGCCAAGACAACAUCGGACGGCGGCUUACACCUCCUACCUGCACAGCAUUCUGCACCUUGCCAACUGCCAAAGCCGUUGUUGACCGCUGA